AUGAGGAUCAUGAUAAAGGGAGGGGUGUGGAAGAACACGGAGGAUGAGAUCCUGAAAGCGGCUGUGAUGAAGUACGGCAAGAACCAGUGGUCGCGCAUCUCCUCGCUGCUCGUGCGCAAGUCCGCGAAGCAGUGCAAGGCGCGGUGGUACGAGUGGCUGGAUCCGAGCAUCAAGAAGACGGAGUGGACGCGCGAGGAGGACGAGAAGCUGCUGCACCUGGCGAAGCUCAUGCCCACGCAAUGGCGCACCAUCGCGCCCAUCGUCGGCCGCACGCCCGCGCAGUGCCUCGAGCGCUACGAGAAGCUCCUCGACGCCGCCUGCUCGCGCGACGACUCCGCCGCCGCCGGCUACGACGCGUCCGACGACCCGCGCCGCCUGCGCCCCGGUGAGAUCGACCCGAACCCCGAGGCGAAGCCGGCUCGGCCCGACCCCGUGGAUAUGGAUGAGGACGAAAAGGAGAUGCUUUCGGAGGCGCGCGCGCGCCUGGCGAACACGCGCGGGAAGAAGGCGAAGCGCAAGGCGCGCGAGAAGCAGCUGGAGGAGGCGCGGCGGCUGGCGUCGCUGCAGAAGCGGCGCGAGCUGAAGGCGGCGGGGCUGGAGGCGAACUACCGGCGGCGGAAGAACAAAGGGAUCGACUAUAACGCGGAAAUUCCGUUCGAGAAGAGGCCGCCGCCCGGGUUCUUCGACACGAGCGGCGAGGAGGCGAACUCCGUGCAGCCGAUGCGGUUCCCCGUGACGCAGGAGGAGCUGGAGGGCAAGCGGCGCGCGGACGUAGAGGCGGCGGAGCGCAAGCACGACGCGGCGGCGAACAAGAUGCGGCUGCGACACGACGCACCCGCCAGCGUGCUGCAGGUGAACCAACUCAACGAUCCGGCGGCGGUGCGCAAGCGCUCCAAGCUCUCGCUGCCCGCGCCGCAGAUCUCGGACCAGGAGCUGGCGGCGAUCGCCAAGAUGACGCACGCCGCCGACGCGCUCGCCGCCAGCGAGGACGGCGACCCCGCGACGCGCGCGCUGCUCGCCAGUUACGGCCAGACGCCCGCGCACGCCGCCGCCGCCGCCGCGCUCACGCCGCUGCGCACGCCGCAGCGCACGCCCGGCGGCAAGGGCGACGCGAUUAUGAUGGAGGCGGAGAAUCUCGCGCGGCUGAGAGACACGCAGACGCCGCUGUUCGGCGGACAGAACCCCGAUCUGCACCCCUCGGACUUCUCAGGCAUCACUCCGCGGAAGAAAGAGGCGCACACGCCCAACCCGCUCGCCACGCCCUUCCGCACGCCCGGCACGGCCGUGGGGAUGACCCCGGGCGGGCUGGCGCUGGCGGGGGCGGGCGCGCCGGGGAGCGUCCGCGGGGCGUCGGUGGGCGGAACGCCCGGGAAGGACUCGGUGUUCGGCGCGACACCGUCGGAGGGGAUGGUGACGCCGGGCGGGGAGAGCGUGCGCGCGGAGAAGCUGCGGCUGGCGGAGGUGCGCGAGAGCUUGCGCCAGGGGCUGGGGUCGCUCCCCGCGCCCAAGAACGAAUACUCCAUCGUCGUCCCGGAGUUGCCCGAGGACGAGCGCGCGGAGGGCGCGCGGGGCGCAGGCGAGGACGGGGAGGAGCUAGACAUGGAGCUGGAUAUGUCGGAGAUGCAAGAGCGGCAGGAGGCCGCCAGGCGCGCGGAGGAGGAGGCGCGGCUGCGCAAGCGGUCGCAGGUGCUGCAGCGGGAGCUUCCGCGACCGUCGGUCGCAGCCGUGAAGCGGGUGGUUGACGCGGCGGGGAAGGGGCGCGGAGGGGUAGGCGGGGGAGGCGGGGGCGUGACGCUGAUGGAGCGCGCGGAGGAGAUGGUGCGCGCGGAGCUGGCGCUGCUGCUGCAGCAUGACGCUGUGGCGUAUCCGCUGCCGCCCGGGGCGGAGGGCGCGGGAGGGGGCAAGGAGGGGAAGCGGAAGAAGGGCGGGAGGGGCGAGGACGGGAGUGCGGCGGGGUUGGAAGCGGUGGAUUUGGAGGACGUGGAAGAUGACCUCAUGCAACAGGCGCGGGCGCUACUGAGCGAGGAGGCGGGGUACGUGCGGAUGGCGCUGGGGCAGGAGGACACGGGCGCGGACGAGUGGGGGGAGGCGUGGGAGGCGUGCGCGGACGACCUCGUCUUCCUGCCCGCGCAGGCUGCCUGGGGCCUGGCGUCGCUGGCGGCGAGCGCGGACGUGGUGGCGGCGCUGCGCCCUGUGGCAGAACGAGUGGGCAAGGCAGCGGAGAGCGAGGGGAAGAGGUGCAGCAAGCUGGAGCACAAGACCAAGGUCAUGUCGCAUGGAUACCAGAACCGUGCGGAGGCGCUGUGGAAGCAGGUGGAGGCGGCACACAGGGAGGCAGGCACUCUAGCAACCGAGCUGCAGUGCUUCCGGGCACUGCACGCCCAGGAGGUGCUAGCGGCGCCCCGACGCAUAGAGACGCUGCAGGGUGAUGUGGCGGGGGUGACGGAGCGGGAACGAGCGCUGCAGUUGCGGUAUGAGAAUUUGCUGGUGGAGAGGCAGCACUGGCGCAAGGUGGUGGCGGAAGGGGAGAGACGCAAGGCGGAGGCGGAAGCUGCUGCUGCUGCUGCUGCUGCCGCAGAGGCUGAAGCGAAGGCUAAGAGGCUGCUAGAGGUGCUCGUGGUGUUCCGUGCCGACACACAGGGCCUGACGACAGUACUGAAAAUGAUACACACCAAAGAAGCAUAA